AUGAACAUCAAUCAACCUCUUAGUGGGCGAGGCCUAGCCAUCCCUUUCACCAAGGCCGCCAACCCUAAUGCUGAUCUCGAUGAUGGUGACCUUCGUCUGCCCUUCAUCAAUCGCAUUCCGGAUAACAUCAGGAACCAUUUCAUCGCCAUGUGUGGUGAAUUUGUCGGAACCGUGCUCUUCCUCUACUUUGCUCUGUCUGGUGCCCAGGUCGCAAACAGUGUCAACACAUCGAGUGGCCAGUCCAUCACUGAGACCGGUAGCAACCCCCAACAGCUACAAUACAUCGCCCUGAGUUUUGGUUUCUCUCUGGCUGUCAAUGCUUGGGUUUUCUUCCGUAUCAGUGGUGGACUUUUCAACCCUGCUGUUACUUUCGGCAUGUGUCUGAUCGGUGCACUUCCCUGGGUUCGUGGUGGCCUCUUGUUCAUCACUCAAAUUCUCGGUGGAAUGGCGGCCGCUGCUCUGGUAUCAUGCAUGUUCCCUGGCGAGCUCAAUGUCCGUACUACUCUGGGUGGAGGUACUACUAUCGUGCAAGGUCUUUUCAUCGAAAUGUUCUUGACCGCACAGCUGGUCUUUACCAUCUUCAUGUUGGCCGCCGAGAAGCACAAGGGUACCUUUAUUGCUCCCGUUGGUAUCGGUCUUUCGCUCUUCAUCGCCGAACUCACCGGAGUUUUCUUCACUGGCGGUAGUCUCAACCCUGCCAGAUCUUUCGGACCCGCUGUUGUCAACCUCGAAUUCUCGGGCUAUCAUUGGAUAUACUGGGUCGGUCCUGUACUCGGUUCUAUCGUCGCAGCCGGAUUUUACAAGUUUAUCAAGAUCCUGGAGUACGAGACCGCAAACCCCGGACAAGACAUGGAUCACGCAGCCAAGGUUGAGAAGAGAAAGAACCUGCUGAUCGCCGCUGGUAUUAACGAAGUCGAUGCCCACCACGUCGCCAACGAGCUCCAGACCAACCAAGUGGUUACCGAAAAAGGCGGACCAGAUGGUGCAGUUGUGGCCAACGGUCAAGGUCGUCGCGGCUCCGGAGAAGACACCGCCAUGUACGGUACCGGAUUCCGCUCCAACUCACAUCAGCACACUGGCUCUACCAGCUCAGGAGAGACGGCUGUUGUUCGUAGACCUCAGGCCGUCACCACUGGAAGCCAGCUCGGCCGUUUCAGUUACCUUGGUCGUGCCGGUUUGCAGCAACCAAGAAUGAACAGUAUCGUCAAUGAGUCGAGAGUGGAUAGCCCUGCCAUGACUACGAACGAAGAGCUGUAUGCUCCUCUAGCCGCAGGUGGCGAUGAACCGCUUGGCGGGUUGGUUGCAGACCAUGACCCAAGAUACCGCUACUCUAGAACCAUCAGCAGUGGUGUCUAG